AUGGCCGCCGAUCCAGAUGAACGGACGCCCCUCCUCAAGUCCGGCGCCGGGGCCGUGAAGCGGGUCGGUCGCGGCCUCUGGUCACCGUCGAACCGUAUCCUCUUCGCCGGCUUCCUCGUGUCGCUCACGCUGGGCCUCACUCAAGUUCCCAUCAUCUACGUCUUCCGCGUCAUGGCAUGCGAGACCUUUUACGAGUCUCACGCGCCGUACGACGGCCCCGCCUCCGACAGGUGUCACCGCCGCGAGAUUGACGCAAACACGGCAACGCAGGUCUCGAUCCUCGGCAUGACCACCUCCGUCUGCGGCAUCCUCAACCUCUUCAUCUGCGGCGACCUCAUCAAGCGGUGGGGCACCCGCUGGGCACUCAUCAGCCAGACCGGCCUGCUCGGCAUCCGCGUCUCGUGCCAGGUCCUCGCCGUGUCGGCGGGCGGGCAGAGGGGUAUUAACUUGAUGCAGUACACGCAGCUCAUCGGCAUCUUUGGUGGGCCGCGGGGCUACAUGCUCGUCCUCAACACGGCCAUUGCAGAGGUUGUUGAGAGAAGAAAGCAUACCGGCGUCUUUGGUCGGCUGCAGGGCGCAGUCAUGAUCGGUACCGCUAUAGGCUAUUUGCUCGGCGGUGUCUUGGGUGACGUGUUCGGCAUCACCAGUCCCUUUGUCACUGCCAUCGGCUGCUUCGCCUUUGCCACGACCUAUGGCGCCAUAUUCUGGCCCGCGCCCCCGGAAAAGACUGAUGAGACAGACGGCAAGACGACCCCAAGCGCUUCUGGCUUCCUGGCUCCUAUCAAGGUGCUCAUGCCUUCCAAGUACCGUCUUGAAUCUGGCAAGAUUGUCAAGAACUACGGUCUGGUCUUCCUGGCCCUGGGUAUCUUUUUCGGCGUGUUCGCCACUGGCUAUGCCCCUAUCCUCAUCCAGAUGUACGCCACCUCACGCUUCAACUUUGGCACGACGGAGAACGGCAUCCUCAUGUCUGGCAACUCAUGGAUUCGUGGAAUCUUCCUGAUGUUCAUCUUCCCGGAAAUCAUCGACACCGGACGAAGGUGGUUCGCCUCAUCCUCUCAUGCGGGAGCUCUGCAAAAAACACUCACCCAGGAGGAACGGAGCCUCAUCCCGACUCAUCCCGAAGACAUGGACCCUUCUCCGGGUCUGAUGAAUGCGUCGGAACCUACCAAGGCACCGCCCGAAGAGGAGGACGAGGACAGCACCUUCGACCUGUUCUUCCUGCGGUGGAGUUUGGUCGUGGAUGGAAUCGUCACGUCCCUCGCGGCUUGGGCGACGGAAGGAUGGCAUGUCUAUGCUGCCGCUUUUCUGCUGCCUUUUGCAUCCGGCUCAGCCCCCGCAGCCAAGGGCGUCAUCACGGAAAUGUGCCCGCCACAUAUGCGACAAGAUGCCCUCAGUGCCAUCACCCUGGUUGAGAGUGCAGCGACCCUGACGACACAGGGAAUCUUUGGCUUUGUGUUUGCUACGCUAUCUGAGAUUGGCCAACCGAAUCUGACUUUCUUCGUAAACGCCGCUCUCGCCGUGGUCGCCGUCGGCAUUCUCCUUCUUGCGCAUUACCCCCCUCUUAAUAGCACGAGGGUUGAGGACGAGGUGACAGAAGAAACCAUUGAACAAAAUUAG